AUGCUGCGACUCAUCCCCCCGCUGCUGCUGCUCUGCUGCUGCUGUCUUUGGAUUCUCGUCCUCCCACCAACAGCAGCAGAGGACGCAACAACAGCAGCAGCUGCUGAAACUGCUGCUGUUGCUGCUGCUGCUGCAGCAGAAGGAGGAAGUCGGCGGGGGGAGGGUCACCCGGACGAUCCUGGGGAACGCCCGCAGGAGCGUCUCUCGCUCACUCCCUCCCCAGAUCUACCCUACGGGCCAAAGCGCCUGGGUUGGCAGCAAGCUGCUGCUGCUUUUGCCGAUGCACAAGCUGCUGCUGCUGCUGCUGCCGUCCCCGUGCAGCAUACAACAGACACGCAAGAAGAUGUAAAGGUGCAGAAAGCAGCAGCUGCCGCUCCCUUGGGGGACGACAACCCUGAAGAGGGCAAACGACUUGCUGCUGCUGUCGAUGGUGAUGUUGCUGCUGCUGCUGAUGAGGAUAGGCCUUUGCAGGCUCUACCUAUAGACAAAUUGGUUUUCUUUUUUGAGGAGUUACCUAGUGUAGUGCAUGCAGGGGAGCCGUUGCAUGCGCUGCUGCAUGUAACAGGAAAAGAUGGGGCUUUGCUGCCUUCCUUCGAUGGUUUGCUGCACUUUAGUUUCUUUUCUAUUACACAUAAAAAAGGAGACACCCCACAAAUAAAAGGAGACACUGUAGCUUUUCAAGAAGCAGACAGAUCUUUCCUCACGGGAAGCUCUGUCGUCAGGGCACGCAAAGGCGUUGCUUCUGUGGAGGAAUGGCGCUUUUUAAAGACGGGGGUUUACCAGAUAAAAGCUGCAUGCGAUGGUUGCCUCUCGGCAAUAUCUCGAGAGGUGCAUGUGACCAGUGGUCCAUUGUUCGCGCUGCAGCUGGUGCAGCAGCCUGCUGAAAGCGCUACUGCAGGAAUGCCACUGAAUCCCGCUCCAGUGCUACAGGCAGUCGAUGCAUUUAAUAACAAAAUAUUAGACAUACGAGGGGAAGUCAUUGUGCAGCUGCUGCCAGGCAAAUCAAGCCCCCAAACGCAUGCAGUUGGCCGUCCUCUUGAGGCCCUUAGUCAGCCCUUUAACGUGCUUGCAGCAGCUCCUGCUGCGCUGCACUUCCUGCUGCAGCCCCCCCCAGAAAUCGCAGCAGGCAACCGGUUUCAGGUGUCUGUACAGCUCGUUGAUGCACACGGCAACGCCGUGCCUGACACCCAUACAAUCCACCUUAGCGCUAGAAAGGAGACAGAAGGAGAGACAGAAGGAGAGGAUGCAGCAGCAGCAAGCGUUGAUUUCCUCGCAUCAGCAGCAGCAACUGCAGCAAAAACGCAAAGAGACACUGGCAUAGCCGUCUUUAGCGAACUCGCCUUUCCCCCCUCCAAAGAUCUGAUGUACCUCAAGGCUGCAUGCACGAGCUGCGAAGGGACAGUGAAGGGCCACUCUCUAAGCACCCGCGUCCGUGUCUCCUCAUUAAUAACAAUCGGCGCUUGUGACUUGCUGCUGGAGGGCAGCAGCGACGGCAGCGAUUCCUGCACUGUCUCCGUGUCCCUUGAGGCCCUGCUAUCUAGCAGGGGACCCAGGGCUCCCAUUACCAUUCAUGUGUCUCAUAUGGAACCUAUCUCCCUGUCAGGUGCUGCUGCUGUCGAUAGCUUGCCUCUCCCUCUUAGUGUUGAACCCACAGUGAUAACCUUCAACCCCAAGGAAACAGGUGUCUCCCGAUCCCUGCAGAUCAAAGCGUUGGACGACCCGCACGUGCGGUACAGCACCGACGUCUCCGAUCCAGGCUCGGGUUUGCUACUGCAGCACUACCGCGUGCACUUGCGUGUGGAAUCAGAAGACCCCAUGUGGGGCCCCGAGGCAGUCGAGUGGCUGGAUGAGCCGUUUAUUGAUGUUAGAGUUCUCGAUGACGAUAAAAUUUCCCUCCGCUUCUCCCAACUUCCCCAACAACCACUGCUACUCAGACGGGGCGACUCGUUAUCUUAUGAAGUGGCGCUGGGAUUCAGCCCCUUGGGUGGCCCCAUUAACGUGGCAAUGGAAGCCCCUGUAGGUGUUGUGAUAGAGCCGCCGCUCCUUACCUUUAACGAAGAGAACUGGGAAAAAGCUCAGCGUCUUCAACUCCGCGUUACUUCUUUGUUUCCGGCAGCCCCCAUGGUUGCUGCAAAGACCAUGGCCUCGGGCCACGCUGCAAGCAAAGUUGCUGUCUCCCAUCAUUUUCAAGGAAAAUUAGGGGACCUUCAGAUCCAAGAAAAAGAAGAACUUUUCUUCUGGGUUGCCGAAGAAGGGGCAGGAAAGGUUGUGUGGACGGAGGUGCCUGGAGCCGUCUUAGCGGGGGCUUCCGUAGGGUUGUCCUUCCGUCUGUCUCUGCAGCCCCUCGAAGUUGUAAUAAUUACUUUAAACUGCGGGCCGCUGCUGCAGCAUCUUGGCAGCACCAGCUUAAUCUUGACUCCGCUGCAGUGGCAACGAGGGGCCACGUUUCGCAUGAAGGCCACGGAUGAUGGCGAUAUGACGCAGCCAAGCGGUCUAGAGUCGUGUUUGGUGUCUAUGGAAUCGGGAGACCGCCGCUUUGUCUCGUCUUCAGAGGAAACAGGGGAAUCUUCUGUACAGCUUCUUGUGUACAAGCAGCACUGCGCUGAUGGCACCUACAGGGCCCACUGCCCCUGCCUCCCCGGACAGCAUUGCAGCACAGCUCGCUUCUCUCACUGUCCAGCAGGCACCUACAGGCAAGUGUCUCCUGUGUCUCUGCACAGCAGCGAAUGCGUGACGAUGCGCGAGGCUGUUGCAUGCCCACCGGGGCGCUACAGCCGCGAGGGGGUAUGCGUCGAGUGUCCUGAGGGUCACUUCUGUCCUCUGAAGGGGGUCGAGGAGCCCCAACCCUGUCUCCCCGGGACCUACAGCUUCCCGGGAUCUGCAACGUGCACGCAGUGUCCCGCAGGCAGCUUCUGCCCCACAGCCAAGUUCGCUGACAUGAAGGGAAUGCCUUCUUGCCUACCUUGUCCUAAGAACCACGCCUGCCCAACACCCCUUGAAAAGGUCCCCUGUGAACGGCCGACGCAGUUCGCCCCCAUGGGGCAGCAAUUGUGCAAGCCUUGCCCCAGAGAUUUCGGCUCUAGUGGGGCAUUCUUUGGUAGCUCAGCUCUCCCUCUUGUUACGAAUUCUACAGAAUUUCACUGUAAAGAAGAAGACCCCAAGGCAUGCAAGCCCGGCUAUACUUCUCUGGAAGGCGCAGGAGUCUGCUCAAAAGCGGAGCCGCUGGCCGAGAGCUUGUUGGACUUGCAGAUUCGCGAAAACAACUUUCGCGUGUCGCGUCUCUCCGCUAGCAGGAACUGUAUCUUUGUGACGGCACGUUUCGCAUGUGCAUUUGGUCCUGCAUUUCUAGAUGUGCUUCUGAUUAUGUGCAUGGUUAUGCUCGCUGUCACAAACCGCGUAGCGUUUAGAGUCGAUGGUCGGGGGGAUGUGGUUCCUUCUUGUGCAGCAUCGGUCCGCGUGCAGACCCGAUGUGCCCCGAAGGAACCUACAACCAAGGAACUGGCUGCUCUGGAUAUGGCCCCUUAG